AUGAAAAAGGAAAUUUUGAUAGUAAUGACUUUACUCAUGUGUAUUAAUGGAAUUUAACAGAGUAAUGGAAUACUAGAUCUCUAAAAUUUAAAAGCGCAUUAACUAUUUACAAAAGUAAACAAAAAUGUUACAUAAUAAGAAUGUGUAAUUUGAUUAAGAAUUCGAUGAAGUUCCAAAUGUGGUAGUAUCAAUCAAAUAAAUAAUUGGGGAGCAAUAUGAACUUUACACUAGAACUAGCAAUAUCAAUUUAAAAGGUAUACAUACAAUGUUUUACUUAGACAAGGAUUUGAUUUAUAGAUAAUCAGCUCAUCAAAUGUAGAUGAAAUAAAAAUCAAUUAUCUAGCAAUCAAUGAUAACUCUUUGAGCAUUGUUUGUGAGAAUUACCAAACAAAAAAGGACUAAAUAAUAGUUCCUUUAAACUUAGAGCACUCAAAGGUAGCAGCAUUUGUUACAGGAUUGAAAUUGUAAAAAAAUGAAAAUGUUAACUUCAAAUUGAGUUCUAUAACUAACUCAUAAGUUGUUUUUGAAACUAAAUAAAAAGCUGUGGGUCUUUGUUUAGUUAUUGGUGAUGAAGAUAAAAUUUUUGUAACUAAACAAUAAAUAACAACUACUUUGAAGGAUAAUAAACUUGAGUUUAAUGUUGAGAAUAUUGAAGAUUCAAUAAAAUUGUAAUUUUUAAUCUAUAUUAUGAUUAGACCUUUGGAAAAUUAAAUAUUAUCAUUUGACGAUAUAGUGAACAAACUUUCAGUUGAGACUAAGGAAGAAGAAUAGUAAACUCAAUUGUCAACUGAAGAAGAAUAGUACCUCGAUAUUGAUAGUAUCUAAAUAGAAACCUUAGGAAUAAACAUUAUUUAGUAAAAUAAUGAGGAAGAUGUUAUUUAAUCAGUUGAUAUUGAAUAUUUAGAGCCUUAAAAGUAGGUGCAAGAAGAUUAAUUAUUAAAAAUAGAAGAAAAACACAUAGAAAAAGUUGAAGAAAAGAUCAGUGAAAUAGUAGAAGAAUAAAUGCAAUUAGAAUAAAUUGAAGAAAAAAAGUUUUUAGCAUAAAUGAGUUAAGUUAAUGUUGAGAGUGUUCAAAACGUAGAGGAUUCAAUUUAAUAAGAAAUUGCCAUAGAAGAAAUAUAUCAGGUUGUACCUUCAAAUGUAGAUGAGCUUGAUAUGGAUGCAUUAUAUAAAGAAUUCACAUUGGGUUAAGAACUUAAUGAUGAUUUGAUUGCAUAUAACAAUCAAUUUUAAUAGUAAUAAUAAUAAUAAUAAUAAUAAUAAUAAUAAUAAGAUACUCUACAAGUAAUUUAAUCUGUAGAUGUUGUUUAAGAUUAAUUAGUUAAUGAAAUAUAAUCUGAAGUUAUUAUUGAUACAAAGGAAGUACAAACAUAAAAUUAAACACCAGAAUAAAAUCAAUUAUAAAUUGAUGUACCAUUAUUUGAUGAAGAUUUAUCAUUUGAUGAUAUUGAUUUAGAAUUAGGUUAAAAAAAGGAUGAAAAAAUAUAAAAGGCUUCUUCUGCUUAACAUAUAAUCGAUAUUUAUAAUGCAUUUGCAAAUGAAGAGGCAGAAAAAUUAAAUUAAAAAGAGAAUGAAGAACAUCCAUUUGUUGAAGUGGAAAAAGAAACUCAACCUGAAGAACAGCCUGAUGAGCUCGAUAAUUAAUUAUCUGGGCUUAGAGAGGGGCUAGAAGGAAUUGAUUUUUCUUUAUUUUUUGAUGAGUAUGCAAAACCUAAUCAAUUGGUUGUAAAUCCAGAACCAGAAUAAUAAUUUGAUUAAGAAUUAAUAUAAAAUAAAAAAACUUAAUAAAAGUAUGAAGAACCAAAAGAAUUUAAAUAACCUAAAGAGAAAAUAGAAGAUGUAAUGAAAGACCUAUAAAUAACUAAUGAUAUCACAUCAUCAGAAGAUGAGAAAAUAUUAAUAAGUUAACUCAAAUAGAAAUCAGCAGAGUUAAAAUAGAAAUUAUAUGAUUAAUAUGAGACUGUUCCCAAAUUGGAAUAAGCUAAAAAAUAAACUGAAGUAUCAAUACAUCCUAUCGAUGAAUAAUGUAAAAAUUCAAUAUUUAAUUUAUAGAUCCAAAAAUAGAAUCCGAUUCUAAAAUAGAUUAUGAAGUAGAAAGCAAAUAUAUGGAAUGGUCAAUGAGUUAAGAUUAAAAAAUAAAAAAAAUAGGAUUAGAUUUGACAGAAGAUGACCUGAGAAAUCCAAGAUUUUCAUUGUUAUAAAUGGAUCAAAAGUCAGAGCUAGAUAUUUAGAAAUAAAUUAAUGAUUUCUUGGGAUUAGAUGACAUAUCAUUUGUAAUGAUUAAGUAAAAUCUAAGAAGAAGAUGACAUAUAUUAAAAUAAUACAUUUAAU